UGUUUUGAGUUUGUAAUGUCAGGGUCCGUCCUCCCAGUGACUUCUUCUGACAUCUUUAUUGUUGUGUUUAACUCCUUUCAGAACCUAAGAGUGAGGACAGUGAAAGGACAGGAAUAUCUCGGCCGAUCUGGAGCCAAAUUUCACGGGGCCAUGGAACAGAAGUUCUUGUUGGUGGACUGCCAGACUGUGGUCUACGGCUCAUACAGCUUCAUGUGGUCUUUUGAGAAGAUUAACCUCAGCAUGGUGCAAGUAAUCACCGGGCAGCUGGUGGAAUCGUACGAUGAAGAAUUCAGAACUCUGUUUGCUCGGUCCGCUGUCCCAGAAGCCUUUGCGCCGGAGUACAGUAUAGUGGAGCACAGGCCCCAGCGGUGGCAGAACGGGACCGACUCGGUGGCGUCUUAUGUUUCUCAUUCGAGUCAGAUGUUUGAGCGAAGAGAUAAACUGAGACACACCCUGGACACGGUGUACAUGAAAGCGUGCGGGAGGUCGUACAACACGCCGCACAAUGUGGCCGAUCUCGAAAACGAUUAUAAAAGGAACUUUGGAUACAGGCCCAUUGUCCCUCCGGGCCCCAUUAUUCAAAACCGAAUCCAGCAAUUCCAGUCGGCCGAAUCGAGUACCUACUGGAAAAGACACAGCUACGCCGGGGAGAAACCAGAAACGUCUUCCUAUCUGAUCAACAACCGGGGGACCAAUCCCAUGUCGAGCAACUGGAAUCUUUCAGGAGAGGUGGACAACUAUGGUGUGCCGAUGCGAAACGAUUUCACUUCCAAAUACAACGAAGUUCCAGGCGAGCAACUUUACCAAAGCAGGUUCCUCAAGCCAUACAACACAAACCUAAAGAUGCGGAAGUCGUUUCACGGAACGGACAACAGCGUCCGAUCCUUGAAGCAGAAAAUGCCAACGCUGGAGCACACGACCAAGUCAUUCUUGCGCUCCUGGAGAAUAGAGUCGUAUCUUAACAAUUCCGAUUUUCCUUAUGAGGACUCCAGCGAGUAUAUGGAUUAUCCGAUGGUCCAGUACGAGAACGUGGAUGGGGCUGAAAACAAAAUGAAUCCUUUCUACCCGGUGUCCCGCCUGAGGUCGUCACUUGUGUACAAUUCGGCGAUUCCUGAGCAGCCCGAAUCAAAGAGUUUCACCACCGACUCGUCGUCUUCGACUAUCAUUCGCGCUCAGGAUGUUCCGACCAACACCUCGGCGAACGUUUAUUACUCUGCCAUUCACCGAAACCCGACCACGGGACCCGAAAGUCGAUUGAGACAAGACGAGAGCUUUAUGGCUAAAAGACGAAGCUGGCAGUUGCAGGAAGAUCAGACGGCCAACGUGAAUUAUCCGACCAGUAAGGAAGCGUUUACCCCCCUGUAUACGUCUCUUAGCAAAACUUCGGUUAAGAAGGUCGAGAACUUACAUCAGGAUGAGAGCUAUACUUAUAAACGCCACAGUAUAAACGAGCCGAAGCUAAACGCAGAUCACAGUGUUAAUAAAGACGCUCCGACACACGUGUACAGCACACUCGGAAGACUAGAUAAGUAUGGAAUGAAUCCAGUCGAAAAUUAUCCUGCCAACGCACCUGGCAUUCAUCCUCUGGAUGGCCAACGGUCAACGUCGGAAUUCAAUAUCAAGAAGGAAACCGAGAACACAACAUUAAUGACUUCCAACUGGCAAAACCCUCCUCUAAGAACCGUAUCGGUCUCCUCGCUUGCUGAAAGCCGAGGGCACGGAAACGCCAAGGAUUGGACUUCCAUAAAAGAGAGCAAAGUCGUUGAGGGCUCCCCAAAGUUCCUUAAAAAGAGCACCCAAAAAAUCAAGUCCCUGCUCAACAUAUCCGACCGGAAGGAGAAUUCCUCCAGGAGCAAAGGCAGCUCCAAAAUAAGCAACAGCACGGAUACCCUGGUGUCCGACGACGAGGAGGUGAAGACAACGGCGUCUCAGGGAACGCUGGCCAGCAGAACCGGUUCAAUCCGGUCGAUAGACAGCACGAAACACGGGAGAACCAAUUCCAAGAUGCAGCUGAAAGAAAACCACUUCUCCGAGAACGUGGGGAACUCGUCCGCGCCGCGCUUCAGCACCGAAGAGCUCAGCUAUCAGGGCAACCAGAAGAAAGACUCCGGCAGGUCGACGACGUCCUCCUCCACGGUGGUCUCUGCAAAUUCAAGCAGCGCCCAGCUUGGGGGCUCAAGGGGGGCUCCGGAUGGCCUUUCCAGGAAUCGGCUGAGCGACAAACGGGUGUACAGCCGCUUUGAGCCCUUCUGCAAAUUCGAGAAGGAAGCCAACAAGGCGGUGGUCUCGGAAACCCAGAGCAACGCGAGCUCCUUCGAGAAGACGAGGAGCUUCUUCAACCAGCCCAUGGCCACCAGCUCGUCCUUCAUGCAGCAUAACUCGCCAGUCUACCCGCUCUAUUCCGGCAAUGAUAACAAAUUUGGGAGGCUCAUGCAGAAAUUUGUGGGGAAUUUGAUCCAUAAAAAUAAAUGAGAGCUCCUUCCGGAAUGACCUCGGCACUGUUUCUCAGUUUCGUUUCGUUAACUCUAUGCACAUGGAAAAGUAUUGGUUAGUAGGGAAUCGCCAGGUGCUGGAACAAAUAUGAACUGUCACUUUUACCUUCAAUGUAUUUAAUCGGAGUAAACUGGUGUUUCUGAAUUGGCCGCCCGCCUGCCCGCCCGCCUCGUCUGCUGGAUUGCUAUUCCAAUGCACAUUUGGGUCAGCCCGUCACACUAAAAUGAGAAAAGCCGCAUUGCUACGUGUUUAUGCCCCCGAACCCACCUAUGGAUAUGACAGCUGGACCGUGUUCAAGGCCACCAUGCUAUGUAUGUGACCCUGAGGAGACCCUGUACGAAUGGACGAGUCUCUCUCUCUGUCUUUCCAUUGGUAUACAGUGUGUGAUAAGCUAGACUGGGAAAGGCGCUAUAUAAAGAUGAACCCGCUUGUUGAAUAAAAUUCUGGGUGUCGCAGCCACGCAUCUCCAUGAAGAGAAUUGCAAUCAAGCACAAUGGGAUGGGAGUUCAUGUUCAUUUUUUUGUACAGCCAGAGGGUUCUUUUUUUUAUAUACAGUAUAUAUAGAUUUCAGAAUUAAUAGCAAUUUCAAUUUUAAAAGACUUUGUUAGUUCUUCAGGUUUGGGUGGGUGGGGCUUAGGGGUCACAUUCAGGUUAAGAACGCCUCCUUUAAAGCUGGCCAAUUGGCUUCAGUUUGCACAAGUCUGCAAAACGUCCGGUAUUUUAGGUAGUGAUAUGCAUGUUUAUAUUGUCUAGACGGGGCUUUCGUUCAUCCUUUCACUAAACCAGCCUAGUCCAGGGAGAUGGAGCCUGUCCUGGCAGCGCUGUGCACAUGGUAGGAAUAAACCAUGGAGAAGGGCACCAGUCCAGUGCAGAGCAAAGUGAAAAGAAGGAUGGCCAGAUGGAUUCAAUGUUAGCGAGCCUAGUUUACAAUUUAUCAGCAUUUUUCUAUAACAGAGUGAAUGUUUGCAUUGCGCCAUCUGUUGAAAUUAAAAAUGCAAUGACUUUUGUGCCAAUGCACAUUACAAAACAUCUUCCAAUAGAUGAAUAUGCUGAGUGUAAAUUCCAGAUGGACAGAUAUUGGCUUAUAUUAUAUAGCCUAGCUGACCCAGUCCGUGAUUUAUUGUUAUUUGCUAAAGCGUUGAUAAUGUACACCAUCUGUUGGAAUGAAAAACUCAGUAAAUUUUAUUACUACACACAUUAUAAAACACAUUCCAAUAGAUGGAACAUUGUUUAGGCUGAAGGCCAGGAAGACAGAAAUCAGCUUAUCAUAUAUAGACUAGUUGGCCCAGUCCAAGAUUUAUCAGCAUUUGCUAUUGCAGUGUUAAUAUUUGCAUUGCAUCAUCUGUUGGAAUGGAAAAUGUCAGGCAAUUUUAUUAGUACAUGCAAUACAAAAUACCAACAGUGUAACUGCCAGAAAGACAGAAAUUGGCUUAAAUUAUAUAGGCUAGCUGGAACAGUCCAUAGUUUGUUGGAAUAUUCCUAUAUACCAAUGGUAAUGUUUACAAUAUGCCAUCUGUUGCAUUAAAAAAAAUCUGUACAUUUUAUUACUUUUGCAUUAGAAAAUAUGUUUCAAUAGAUGGCACAUGGCAAACGUUAAUGCUGAAUGCACCCAGCAGAGUUUAACAGCCAGGCAGACAGAAGUUGGUUCAUAUUAUAUAGACUAGCUGGCCCAGUCCACUCUUUAUUAGCAUUUGCUAUAGCAGUGUUAAUAUCUGCAAUGUGCCAUCUGUUGGAAUGAAAAAUGAAAUCAAUUUUAUUGUUGAAUAUAUUGCGAAGUGCCUUCCAAUAAAUGAAUAUGCUGAA